CACCACACACGCCGCGGCGGGCGCUGGCCCUGCUUCCCCUGCAGCGCGGCGCAGCGGCUGCCCCCCGAAAGCAACCACAGUCACGUCGCUAUCCGUCCGUCGCCACGACAAAUACAUUGCCCCCCUCCCCCUCCCCCUCGCUCCCCCCAUCUACUCCAUCCAUCCAUCCAUCCAUUCGCCAGAUGGGACUGGGUCUGGGUCUGGGAGCGGCGGCGGCGGUGCUGGAGCAGUGGUGGUAGGAGUAGUAGCUUCCACGGUCGUCCGGGGAGGAGGUUUCUUGAUUUCUUAGAGAGUGCACAGGCGGCGGAGGGAAGGGAGGGAAUGGCGCCGUCGUCGUUGCGGCGGUGGGCGGCGACUGUGGUGCUACUGGUGGUGGUUCUUGGGCUGGCGGCGGCGGAGGGGGCGGAAGGGGGAGGGGACGGGGCGGCGCUGAUGGCCGUCAAGGCGGGAUUCGGCAACGCCGCCAACGCGCUCGCCGACUGGGACGGCGGCCGCGACCACUGCGCCUGGCGGGGCGUCGCCUGCGACGCCAACUCCUUCGCCGUCCUCUCCCUGAACCUGUCAAAUCUGAACCUGGGAGGGGAGAUCUCGCCGGCGAUAGGGGAGCUCAAGGCCCUACAGUUCGUGGAUCUCAAGGGGAACAAGCUCACAGGCCAAAUCCCAGACGAGAUUGGGGACUGCGUCUCCUUAAAAUACUUGGAUUUGUCCUUCAACCUGCUGUAUGGAGACAUCCCCUUCUCCAUCUCCAAGCUCAAGCAACUCGAGGAUUUGAUUCUGAAGAACAACCAGCUCACGGGCCCCAUCCCUUCCACACUGUCCCAGAUUCCAAAUCUCAAGAUCCUGGAUCUGGCGCAGAACCAGCUCACAGGCGACAUCCCAAGGCUCAUCUACUGGAAUGAAGUUCUGCAAUACCUAGGCUUGAGGGGUAACUCACUGACUGGAACCUUGUCACCUGACAUGUGCCAACUCACUGGCCUGUGGUACUUUGAUGUGAGGGGCAACAAUCUAACAGGAACAAUUCCACAGAGCAUAGGGAACUGCACUAGCUUUGAGAUUCUGGACAUUUCAUAUAACAAAAUCUCUGGAGAAAUACCUUACAACAUAGGUUUCCUUCAAGUAGCUACACUGUCACUUCAAGGAAAUAGACUGACUGGGAAAAUUCCAGAAGUGAUUGGCCUCAUGCAAGCUCUUGCUGUUCUUGAUCUGAGCGAAAAUGAACUAGUAGGGCCCAUUCCUCCGAUACUCGGCAACCUAUCCUACACAGGCAAACUAUAUUUACAUGGCAAUAAACUUACUGGAGAAGUACCCCCGGAACUUGGGAACAUGACGAAACUUAGCUACCUGCAACUGAAUGACAAUGAAUUAGUGGGCACAAUUCCAGCUGAGCUUGGGAAACUUGAAGAGCUAUUCGAAUUAAAUCUUGCCAACAACAAUCUUGAGGGUCCUAUUCCUACAAACAUCAGUUCUUGCACUGCACUAAACAAAUUCAAUGUUUACGGCAAUAGAUUGAACGGUUCUAUCCCUGCUGGUUUCCAGAAUUUGGAGAGUUUGACUAACUUGAACCUAUCCUCGAACAAUUUUAAAGGUCAUAUCCCGUCUGAACUUGGUCAUAUCAUCAAUUUGGACACACUGGAUCUUUCCUACAAUGAAUUCUCUGGACCAGUUCCUGCUACUAUUGGUGAUCUUGAGCACCUUCUUCAACUAAAUUUGAGCAAAAACCAUCUUAGUGGGUCUGUGCCUGCUGAGUUCGGAAACUUGAGAAGCAUCCAAGUAAUUGAUUUAUCCAACAACGCCAUGUCUGGUUAUCUCCCUGAAGAACUAGGCCAACUUCAGAACCUUGAUAGUUUGAUUCUUAACAACAAUACUUUGGUUGGGGAGAUCCCUGCUCAGUUGGCUAACUGCUUCAGCUUAAACAUCUUGAACUUGUCAUAUAACAACUUUUCUGGACAUGUCCCAUUCGCUAAGAACUUCUCAAAGUUCCCCGUGGAAAGCUUCUUGGGGAAUCCGAUGCUGAGCGUUCAUUGCAAAGACUCCAGCUGUGGCAACUCUCAUGGAUCAAAAGUGAAUAUUCGGACAGCGAUUGCUUGCAUCAUCUCGGGCUUCGUCAUAUUGCUCUGUGUUCUGCUAUUGGCAAUAUAUAAGACAAAGCGGCCACAGCCACCUAUCAAAGCAUCUGAUAAACCAGUGCAAGGACCUCCAAAGAUAGUACUCCUCCAAAUGGACAUGGCUAUCCAUACCUAUGAUGAUAUUAUGAGGCUGACAGAGAACUUGAGCGAGAAAUACAUCAUUGGCUAUGGCGCUUCAAGUACUGUGUAUAAAUGUGUGCUCAAGAGUGGCAAGGCAAUUGCUGUGAAGCGGCUCUACAGUCAAUACAACCAUGGCGCCCGGGAGUUUGAGACAGAGCUGGAGACGGUCGGUAGCAUCCGGCACAGGAAUCUUGUCAGCCUUCAUGGCUUCUCACUCUCUCCCAAUGGAAACCUGCUCUUCUACGAUUACAUGGAAAACGGUUCCUUGUGGGAUCUUCUCCAUGGUCCAUCAAAGAAGGUGAAACUUGACUGGGACACCCGACUGAGGAUCGCCGUUGGUGCGGCGCAAGGGCUGGCCUAUCUGCACCAUGACUGCAACCCUCGGAUAGUCCACAGGGACGUCAAGUCCUCCAACAUCCUGCUCGACGAGCACUUUGAAGCGCAUCUCUCGGACUUUGGCAUCGCCAAAUGCGUCCCGGCAGCCAAGACCCACGCGUCCACAUAUGUGCUAGGAACCAUCGGCUACAUCGAUCCAGAGUACGCCCGGACGUCAAGGUUGAACGAGAAGUCCGAUGUGUACAGCUUCGGCAUCGUUCUUCUGGAGUUGCUCACCGGGAUGAAGGCUGUCGACAACGAUUCCAACUUGCACCAGUUGAUAAUGUCGAGAGCCGACGACAACACGGUGAUGGAGGCGGUGGACUCGGAGGUGUCGGUGACGUGCACGGACAUGGGGCUGGUCCGGAAGGCGUUCCAGCUGGCCCUGCUGUGCACCAAGCGGCACCCCAUCGACCGGCCGACGAUGCACGAGGUGGCCCGGGUGCUGCUCUCGCUGAUGCCGGCCCCCGCCGCCGCGAAGCCCUCCUCCUACGCGGCGACGGACGCCUCCAAGAAGGUGGACUACACGCGGUACCUGGCGGCGGCGGCCCCCAACACGGAGCACGACAUGGGCGGCGACAACAGCUCCCCCGACGAGCAGUGGUUCGUGCGGUUCGGCGAGGUCAUCUCCAAGCACACCAUGUGACGCGACACGCGAACCGACCACGCCCCCCAAAGUCUUCUCCUCCCCAAGGUGUAGCGAGAGCCGGAAGAUGCAGCUAGGACAGCAUAGUAGAGCACAGUGCAGGGAAAAUAGGCCUAGGGUUUCUUUCUGAGUAGUACAUGGAUGGAUGGUGCCAUUGCUCUUCUUCACACCUUCCCAUUUUGCUCUUCUUCUUCUUCUCGGUGGUGUUGAUUAUCAGAAGCAAGCAUGGAGGGAGCUCUUGCUGGGCAUUCAUGGUGUGGAUAGGUCAUGUUCCGAGUGACCUAUCUCGUGAGCGCCUUGAAGGCCCAUUGCAAAACUUUAUGCGCUGCGAUGAUGACGAUGACCAGAGGGAGAGAUACUACUGCUACUGUGACGAUGAUGAUGGGUUCUUGGAUCCUGUGAGCGCAUUGAAUUGAAUUGAUCGAACCCCAUGCCCUGCCGCGUGAUGCGUCGUCAGGGAAGGAUUGUGCGAUGUAAAUGGGUGUUGUCCAGUCUACUCCUGUUUUUUGGACGGUA